UUUUUUUUUUUUUGUAACAAACAACAUAUUUUUCUGAACAAUGCAGUCAACACGCUUGUUUGCACCAGCAAGCAUCCUUUUCAAGGGUAUCAGAGUUGCUCCCAUUACCACCACCAGUCAACGAUUCUUCUCACUUACAACUGCCUGUCAAAACGAAGAAACAAAGACCCCUGAAGCUGCUGUUGAACAAGCUGUUGAAGCUGAAGCAGUAGUUGAGGAAGAAGUAGAACCCAUCAACCUUUCCAGAAGAAGACGUCGAUUCCACGAAUGGGCUCAUGGUAGCGGUGCUAAAUACAGUCGUCCUGCCAAGGGUACCACCAACUAUUUGGGCACCUCCAACCCUUUCCCCAACAAUCCUUUAUUCCAACCUAGACCUCCUCUCUCCGAUGUCCGUCGUCAAGAAAUAUACAAUGCUUUUGAAUCCGAUCCCGAAACCUGGUCAGUUCGUAAAUUAGCUACCAAGUAUGGUGUUUCAUUGAAGCGUAUUGAAGCUAUUUUGACACUUAAGGCCUCAGAGAAAGAAAUGGAAAUGAAUGGUAUUCCUUUGCAAAAGAAAUUUGCCAAGGGCAUGGAACAACUCAUGGGAGUGGAUAAAACAGUCGAGUUAUUGAAGGAACCCUUGAUCGAUAUUUUCCCCAGCGUCGGUAAACCCAAGUUUAAGACAUUAAAGGAAGAUGCUACAUUCGCACCAGAGGACGCAGCAAAGGUCCUUGGUCGCAUACCCUUCAAGGAUCUUGAGAGACGUGUGAUUGAAUCUAAACAAGCUGAAUAUACUUUACCUACACCUAAAAAUAUCACUUCUGCAUCAGAAACUACCAAGCGUACCAAAUUCGUCAUUGUAGAUACUAGCGCUUAGACCUCCUCCCACUUACUAUAAAUAAAAUACAUACAUAAAAAAAAAUCUGAAAGAAAAAUUAAAAAGGCCUCCAUUGUUCAUGCAAUCACCACAAUAGCAUGGUGUUCAUAGCUCC